UGAGGAGAGGAGGUUUUGUCGGGCACAAAUGCCACUCGUUGCGCGUCCUUAUAAUUUGGAGAGGUGUAUGCAGCGCACGGCCCGCUCGCCUUUCCAGGUGGAAAAUCCAGGAGGAGCUGAGACCAAUUUUAACUGGGACGACUGGUCAAACCCGGUUCAGGACAGGUGAAAUUCCCAGCAGGCGGCAUUUAAGGGCCACAGGAUCGAUUCAGAUGUAGGGAAAUACAGCAGCUCGGGUCAUGGAUGAAGGCCGGCAGCAGCACCGAGGAACUGCAACCAGUUGAAGUGUCACUGACCCGAAUCCAGCUGGACUUCUAGGGAUAUUCACACUUUUGUUUUUGGAUUCAGCUGUUGGUAUCACAAUUGCAGCUUCUUUUUUUAUUAGAUUAUUUUUAAGUACUAUGAAAACCUGGCAAAGCGUGGAGGAAUCUCUACUUUGAAUGACCACAGACUGUAAGUGAGGAUACAGUGAAAAAGGCGCCGAAAUGAAGGAGAAAUCCAAAACGGCCGCAAGGACUAGACGGGAAAAAGAGAACAGUGAAUUUUACGAACUGGCCAAAAUGUUGCCUUUACCGUCGGCCAUCACCUCUCAGCUCGACAAAGCGUCUAUAAUCAGACUGACGACGAGUUACCUGAAGAUGAGAAUUGUUUUCCCUCAGGGCUUGGGUGAAGCUUGGGGUCAUGCAAGUCGAACAAGAUCUUUGGACAAUAUUGGCCGAGAGCUUGGAUCUCAUUUACUGCAGACUUUGGACGGAUUCAUCUUCGUCGUGGCUCCAGAUGGGAAGAUAAUGUACAUUUCAGAGACCGCGUCGGUGCAUUUAGGACUGUCUCAGGUAGAGUUGACCGGGAACAGUAUUUAUGAAUAUGUUCAUCCCGCCGACCACGAUGAGAUGACAGCUGUCCUGACGCCACAUCAGCCGUACCACUCACAUUUCGUACAAGAAUAUGAAAUGGAGCGCUCUUUCUUUUUGCGGAUGAAAUGUGUGCUGGCAAAAAGAAACGCAGGACUCACCAGUGGUGGAUACAAGGUGAUUCAUUGCAGUGGCUACCUGAAGAUCCGUCAGUACAGUUUGGACAUGUCUCCCUUUGAGGGCUGCUACCAGAAUGUGGGACUGGUGGCUGUGGGUCACUCUUUACCACCCAGCGCUGUAACCGAGAUCAAACUGCACAGCAACAUGUUCAUGUUCAGAGCCAGUCUGGACAUGAAGCUCAUCUUCCUGGACUCCAGGGUAGCUGAGCUGACAGGUUAUGAGCCCCAGGACCUCAUAGAGAAAACGCUGUACCAUCAUGUCCACAGCUGUGACAUCUUCCACCUCCGCUGUGCUCACCACCUCUUGCUGGUAAAAGGCCAAGUCACCACUAAGUAUUAUCGUUUCCUUGCCAAGCACGGUGGCUGGGUCUGGGUCCAGAGUUACGCCACCAUCGUCCACAACAGCCGAUCGUCCAGACCUCACUGCAUUGUCAGUGUCAACUACGUCCUCACGGACACUGAGUAUAAGGGAAUGCAGCUGUCUUUGGACCAAAUGAGCCCCACCAAGCCAGCGUUCCCCUACGCCGACAGUCACAAUGAAGAGAGGAAGAGCACCAAGUCACGUCUGACCCAGUCCAAGGCCAAAGCCAGAGUGUCGCCCUAUCCACAGCAAUUUUCAGCUUUUAAUCCUGAGCGUUCGGAGUCUGACCAAGACAGCCAAUGGGGAGGGAGUCCUUUGACAGACUCUGCCUCUCCUCAGCUGUUGGAUCCCAGUGAGGCGGCGGAGGCAUCCUGCGCCUAUCGACUGUAUCCGGACUCAGGCUCCCUGUGCUACGGUCUGGGUCUGUCGGAGGACGAUCUCGCUCAUGCCCAGACGCAUCCUCACACCACCACCUGUGACCGGGUUCGAUGCCAGAGCGGACGUUACUUCCUGGGAACCCCCCAGUCAGGAAGAGAGAUGUGGUGGGACACCACUCGCUCAGUGCUGUCCCUGCCAAAAUUCUCCGUGGAGAACAGCGAGGGCUACGAAAUCACAUCCUACCAUGGCGCCAUUCACGGACGAGGCCACUGGGAUGAAGACAGUGUUGUGAGUUCACCUGAUGGAGGCGGGUCCACCAGUGAUUCAGGUGAGCGUUACCAUGGUGACCAAUUCCAAUCAAGCCCUCGAGAGCCCAGCAAGAUGGAGACCCUGAUCCGCGCCACUCAGCAGAUGAUCAAAGAAGAAGAGAGCCGCCUGCAGCAACACAAGGCGCCGCUGGAUGUCUCAGGCCUCGCCAAAACCCACAGUCCGUGCUUCACCUCCUCCCUGCCCCACCACUCUCAGCUCACCAUGCCCAGCGUGGUGUGCCGUGGCCCCGGAGCCCCCAGCAUCGACCUCCCCUCUGAACGCCUCCAUCACCGGGACAGCGUCAAAGUGCUCGGCCCCCACGACAACGACGAAAACACGACAAGUCCCGCUUCUUUGUCACGUCUCAGCAGCCCCAGCUCUGAUGGAAUCCCCCGGCCGGGCCUCUCCCUCACCAAAGACUACAUGCAGACGGACCUGUCCCCCCACCCUCCACAGCCCCAGGGGAGCCCGCUGCUCUAUCCGGCCCAGGAGAGGCAGCCUCUGGACAGGCAAGCAGCAUAUGCCUUGACUGGGUACUCGCUGGAGCACCUGUAUGAUCCGGAGAACUUGCGGAGCUACUCUGGCCUGGCCUGUGGAGGCGUCCAGUACGACGUAGCGUCUCAUGUGAGAAUGCAGGCCGAGCAAAUACAGGGACACAAGGCCACCUCAGUCAUCAUAACCAACGGCAGCUGACGAUAUCUUGUGCAGAUAGGUCCUGUUGUCUAAAAUGAGGAUGCUACCGAUAGUGGCGAUGUAUGCACACUGACCAGGUGCUUGAUACAAAAGGCGAGACAAUGACAAAAAAAAGGAUACAAGGCACCUGUGUUGGGUUUAUACGCCCUUUGCGGUUCAUUCAGCACAACUUUGUUGUCAGGCCUUUGUAUUGUACCACUCUGUUUUCUUCAUCACCAGAGGAUGAUUUUCCAAGACUCUAAAGGAAACUCAGCAAACUAGGACAUUCGCUAUUCCGCCUGACACAGGGAGGAGGUUUGCUCCAUUAAAUAGGAAUAUAGUGUUAUUUUAAUGGCAGUGAACUGAAUUCCCCUCCCUGCUGGUUAAACAUCAAGCCAGUGUUUCUGUCCCAAACUGCUCACGCACCAUUGGCCAUGUGAGUUAAUCUGUCCUGGACAUGAUUUCCAAAGGCAGUAGGGAAAAGUGUUGUUCCAUUACCCUUUCACCUGAAAACUCCAUUGCACAGAGCAUAAUGUUUGACACAUGAAGUGCAACAUGGGAAAGUCAAGCGUUUCACUAUUGUAAGAUGUCAAUGUUUCCUGGUAUUUAUUUGUCAGUGGGCUGUUCUCUGUAUGUGUCAUUUUUUUCCUGUCCAAGUAGACUGGUGCAUUAAAUUAGUUCUGGUGUUUGGAUCACACCAUUAUUAUGAUACUAGGUAAGAAAAAAAAUUAAAUGAAGUGGAAAAACACAGAAAAAUGCCUCUGAUAUGUAAGUGUAAAAUAUGCUUUAAUGUAUAGGUUGAAAUGCCCUCAUUUAGAGUGCGAAGAGUUGUUACUCAACUAACUCAUUUGUAAUCUCCCCUCUAAAUAUAGGCAUUGUAUAUAUCGACUUACAGUUGUAGCUAAUAUUAUUUACAUAUCAGAGUAUAAUUUUUCCUGUUUUUACUUCACAUAACCUUUACCCAACUUAUUGGCAUAUGUAGAAUAUGCUGUAAAAAAAAAUCCUUAAAUUCUGCUCCACAUGCAGCUGUUCUCGCAGAAAAAAACCCAUUUGUUUUGUUUUGUCACCACAGCCUAAAGGGUUAAAAAUGAUUGAUAGAAACAUAAAUAAGUUGAAUGUCUUUAGUUUCUUAUUUAAUUUAUGAUGUAAAUAUCUCCACACAAUGAACUUUUGAACAAAAAGUGACGAGAUUAUUUAUUAAUUGGUUUAAAAAGUCUCUUAAAUCUGAAUACAGUUACAAACAAAUAACUUUGGUGUGUGUUGAAUUUUGUCUUGUCUGUUAAACCGUCUGCUUUGAAUGAGCACACACACACACACACUUAAUGCUGCUGCCUCAGAAAAAUGGAUAUUUCGAUAUACAUACAAACACAAAUGUAUAGUACAUCCUAACAUUAAUUUUUUUUGUAUUUAAUCAUUAAUUUAGAACAGAGUAGUCUGUGAUUAUUCAGUCUUUUUUCAGCUGAUGCGACCAACAGGCUGUAAAUCUGACCACAGACAUAUAAUUUACUCUUUUGCUAAGUAAAUGCUAAGUAAUAGCUAACUUUACUCCAGGUUUUAUAGUAGAACAGUGUAUUUGAGUUCAUCACAAUGAAGAAACAUUUCACCCAGAGCAAACAUGUGGCUCACUGAUGUGUGUUUUUAUAGUUUUUAGAGAGCAGUUUCAUACACAGGUAUCGGACAAAAUGUCAAAAGCUUAAGAUGGUGAAUUAAAGGCGGGAAUUAUUGCAAACAUCUCCAGCAAAAAACCUGAACAAAUCUAUUCCUGCCGAGCCGUCACGUUUUUCAUGCACUUGCAGCAACACGUUCCUGCUGUUUGGAACAAUUGAACUCACACAUUUAGCCACUCUGACCUCUGCUCACAGGCAGUUUCUCUCUCGGCAUGUUUUAAUGUAUGUAAGUUAUUCACAUGUAGCCGGAGAGCUGCCUGCCUGCCUGUCUGACUGAACCUGGACGCAGUCUGGGCCUGGAUGCAGAACUCGACCCAUCAUUCACCGCUGACACGACCAUCUGAUGGUCUGCCAGAUAUCACUGCUGCUGUCGUUCCGGCUGCAGAAACUACCAACGCAGUCUGCUACUGACAUCACUGAGGUCUAUGAACAGUGUGUGUGAGUGUGAGUGUGAGUGGGUGUAUGUUUAUUGCUGAGAUACUUUAAUAAUCAGAGAGCUGUGUGUUUUUUUUUUUUCUUCUUUUUUCGUCUAAACACUGGGGAUUUUUCCUGAUGUGCCCUGAAGGCUUUCACAUGUAGACUUGGUUACAAAUGCGGCCAAACGCUGGGCCUUUUGCCCAGACUUUGCACUCUUGCAUACACCUCCCCAGCUACCUCACCCAAGAUCCACCUCGGUCUAUAGAAAGAAACAGUGGAUUACAGAGUUAGAAGAAAACUGUGGGUUUGUGUGCCAGCAGAGAGGAAGACUGACAGUUUUCUCACACACUGUAAACACACAGAUAACAAGCAGCAGCGGUAGAAGAGAAAAUCAGAUUAUUUGCUUUAGUGAAAGUACCAAAACCACUGUAAAAGUGCUUCAUUACAAGCUAAGCUCCUGUAUUUGGAAUUAAACUGAAAGUAUGGAAGUAUUACCAAUAUAAUGCAUUCAGUGUUAAAUGUAAAACUCAUUAUGCAGAAAGGCUCCUUAUUAAAAAAAAGUUCUAUGUAUUAAAUUGUCUCAUUAUUAUUGAUGAAAUCAUGUAUAAGUAUUAAUUUAAUGCUGUAUCUAGAUUUAAUUACUUUAUAUAGCAUUGGGCUUUUAAUUCAUAGCAAAUUUAAUUUUAUGUUCUAAGUUAAUAGGUUUAUAAAAGCUAUAUUGUAACUUUAAUAAUGGUAAAUAAGCAGCUUACUGAUUGACUUUCAGCUUGGAAAGUUGGGAUCGAUCUCUUUAAAAAGCAGCUUUUUUAGCACUAAAAAAAUAUAAAAUGUAAAAGGUAGAACAUUUCUCACCAAAAAUGUGGUGCAGUAGAGGUAGAGAGUAUACAGCUGAAAAUAGGAAAUACUCUAAUUCUCUUCUUUGCUGCUUUCAACUGCAGGGAAACAGGAAAAACAAGGACUGUGGAGAGUUACCACAUUAACAGAAAAGACCUGUCUUGAAGUGCAACAGUGGGGAUCUUUGCAUUUUUUGGGAGCAAUCCAAAGAGCUAUUGGAGAAUAGCAGAUGUUAGGUUCCGGAGUAAAAAUCAAUCAAGAAUAAAAACAAAGGGCCACAUGACGUCACUACAAGAACAGAUGUGUCAUGUUAAUCGCUUCCUUACUCUCAGGAACCCGUCAUAAUGAACCACAGCGCUGCAAAAUUAAAGCAUUUGCAGUUAAUUUAACUAUAUGCUGCAGCCAAACGAAAAGCACGAGUGGCUCGGCUUUGUUUACACCGUCAGGCGUCGGCGGUUGGAGGAGAUAAAGAUGCUGCCUGGUGUCAUGUGGUCGACGCUGUGGAGGUAAACUGUGGAACCGCAGGAGAAAGAUCUCAGGGUUUCAGGACUGCAGCGAAGGAGAAAUGGAUCCUAAAUUCACAAACGACCACAGAAUACGAGGGUGCAGGUGGCGAGUCUCAAAAUAGCCACUGAAUGUCUACUUGAUUGAUUUCAGGCCUGGCACUGAGGCACAAUUGCAUAUUCAUACAUCAAUUAAAGUGUUCCUUCCACUAGAGCCUCCAUAAUUCAACCCGGCGCUUAGUGAACAGUCAUCCUUAUGAGGCAGCAAAGGAAAAUGUUUCAACAUGUUUUCUGUUCGUGCGUACUUUAUGACCUCUUUGAGUGUGAACUGACAUCUUCUAAUUGUUUAAUACCCCUCCUUCUUUGAACCCGGCCUGGAAAGCUGCCUCGAAACAUAUCUAGCCUCAAAACACAGCCGCGACAGCAUGCAAGCAUACAAACACUCUACUGUGCAUGAAAACACUUCCCAUGUAGCAUUU